CCCAACACAUCGCAUCACCAGCCCACCAUCUCCUCAUUCAUCAUUGCUACCACCAAAGUUGUGAAAUUUCAUCCGGAGUGCCUCGGGUUUCCCCUUCUUUUUGUUGCUCCUUAUUAUUUCCACGUUACGCCCGUCUACUUGAAUAAUCCAAGACUGCAACAUCUUGACCGUUCUAACGGCCCUCUGUUCACUUCUCAAUUCACGCUAUUCCGCAUCCAACCCCGCAAUGUCCGCCACGGGUUCUAUGCGUGCCGUCGUCUUCAACGGACCGCAAAACGUAUCCGUCGAGCAACGUCCCAUUCCUACCAUCCAGGAUGACGGCGACAUUAUUGUCAAGGUACAGGCUACGGCUUUGUGCGGCUCGGAGUUGCAUGUGUUUCGCGGCCACCAGCCAUCCGAGACAGGCUUCAUCAUGGGUCAUGAAUUUACCGGCACAGUCGUCGAGAAAGGCGCUGCUGUCGCCACCUUGAACAUUGGCGACAGGGUUGUCUCCCCCUUCACCUCUUCUUGUAUGCAAUGUUUCUAUUGCAAGAACGGUUACACAUCCCGCUGCGUUCGUAGCAAGCUUUUUGGAUGCGGUGCCCUGGACGGUGGACAAGCCGAGUACGUCCGUGUUCCCGAUGCCGACGGAACUGCCAUGACAGCCCCGAGUACCAUCUCCGAUAAUGCUCUGGUGCUUAUGGCAGACAUCUGGCCAACCGGCUUCUUUGGCGCCAAGUCUGGAUUCAGCUUGCUCAAAGAGGAAGAAAGAUCCAACGCCACCGCGGUUGUCAUUGGAUGCGGACCGGUCGGCCUCUGUGCCCUAAUUGCAGCGCUGGAGUACCGCCCCAAGCACCUCUUUGCCAUUGACAGCGUAGACAGUCGCCUGGAGCUUGCCAGAAGCCUUGGCGCGGAGCCCUUGAACUUCAAAACAGAUCGUGCAGGCAUGGAGAGACGGAUCAAGGAAGCCACAGAAGGUCGUGGGGCCGACGUUGUCAUUGAAGUCGUUGGCCUGAGCCCAGCCCUAAGAACUGCGUUUGAUGUUGUUAGGCCAUGGGGCGUCAUUGCCAGCAUCGGAGUCCACAACGGCGAGAUUCCGUGGACGGGUACAGAGGCGUAUGGGAAAAAUCUGAGACUGCAAAUGGGCCGAUGCCCUGUCCGAGCGAUCUUCCCCGAGGCGCUUGCUCUGUUGGAGAAGAAGCAAGACAAACUCGGAUUCAUGUUUGACCGCAUUAUGCCAUUGAGUGAUGCUGUCGAAGGAUAUGCGUUGUUUGAUCAGAUGCAAGUCCAAAAGGUCAUCUUUACUCCGUGAUAGUGUGUCUACACAAGACCAGAUGGGUUCCCCUACUUGGAGUUGGGACAGGUAGCGGAAACGUACUAUCAGUGUUGGUGGCCAAUGGUAACAAUUGAAUAGAAACAGCAUGGCAAUUGAUG